AUGUCUAAGUUUGCUCUUCUUUUUUAUUUCUUGAUCACAGUUUCAGUUAGGGAAGGAAUUACAACAUUUGGAAAUGCCAAUACAAUAGAGAACGAACCCGGAAUGGGACUAGGUGCUAUUAUCGACAACAGUUCUCGGAUUGGAAAAGAAGAGAGAGUGGCAAUUCAAAUGGCAUUGGAUGAUCAUUUUGAUUCCACUGGGAAUCAGAGAUUGGUUCUGCACGUAAGAAACUCUCAGAGGGAGCCCUUGCAGGCAGCACUUGCAGCUAAAUUUCUUAUAGAUGAGCAAAAAGUGCAAGCUAUUAUAGGACCUCAUACAUGGGAAGAGACAUCAUUAGUAGCUAAGGUUGGCAGUGAGACUCAUACCGCAAUUGUUUCCCUUGCUGAGGCUAAUCCAAUGUGGGCAACUGAGCUGUGGCCCUUUCUGGUUCAAGCUUCUCGUAACCGGUUGAAACAAAUGGAAGCAAUUGCCGCUAUAGUUCAGUCUUGGGAAUGGCAUCAAGUCACUGUAAUUUACCAAGAUAGAGAUUCUUCAGCCAAUGAAGUCUUACCUCAUCUCUCUGAUGCCUUGAGACAAGUUGGUGCAGAAAUUAGGCACCUUGUAGCUCUCCCUCCUUUUGCUUCUUCUUCAUUAAUUGAAGAGCUUGAGAAAAUCCGAAGAGACCAGUGUAGAGUCUUUGUUGUACAUUUGUCUGCGCCAUUGGCAGUGCAACUAUUCCGGAAGGCAAAAGAAAUGGAGAUGAUGGAAAAGGAUUAUGUAUGGAUCACCACUGAUCCUAUUACAAGCCUUGUCCACUCCUUUAAUGCCUCCACCAUCUCAACAAUGCAAGGGAUCAUCGGACUCAAGAGCUACCUCCCCGAAAGCGGGAAACAAUCUAAGGACUUUGAUCAUAAGUUUCGUAAAAGGUUUAGCUCGGAACACCCUGAAGAGGGUAACAAUGAACCAGGAAUCUUUGCAGCACAGGCUUAUGAUGCUGCAAGGGCAGUGGCUUUAGCUGUGACAGAAAGCAGGAAAGGGAGGAACUUGUCAGCAAAACUUUUGCAAAGCGAUUUUCAUGGCUUAAAUGGAAGAAUUAAGUUCAGUGACCAAAAAUUAGCUCCACAACAUGUAUUUCAAAUCAUCAAUGUGAAUGGAAAGAGUUACAGAGAAGUUGGAUACUGGUCAGAUGGAUUAGGAUUCUCACUGACUCUAGGUGAACGUGCUACUAACAGAUCUUCUAUGAAAUAUUUGGGGCAAGUGUUUUGGCCAGGGGGGCCUUGGUUGACUCCAAAAGGGUGGACUGAACCAACAACAAACGCAAACGUGCUGAGAAUUGGCGUGCCGACAGGAUCAACAUUUAAACAGUACGUAAAUGUGAAGAAAGAUCCAUUGGGACAUAACUUAUCUUUCAGUGGACUUGCAAUAGAUCUCUUCAAGGCAACCCUAAAGGAGCUGCCUUACCCUUUGCCCUACGAGUUCUUUCCUUUCGAAGGAACAUACGAUUCUUUAGUGGAGCAAAUCCAUUUGCAUAAAUUUGAUGCUGUAGUUGGUGAUGUGUCAAUAGUGUCCCACAGAUAUAAGCACGCAGAAUUCACACAUCCCUACACCGAAUCAGGAUUGGUAAUGAUAGUUCCAGUCAGGUCCAUAACAUGUAGCAAAGCAUGGUUAUUUAUGAGACCUUUCACAAAAGCAAUGUGGGCACUGAUAGGAGCGAUCAAUGUCUACAAUGGCUUUGUCGUGUGGCUGAUAGAGCGAAACUAUUGUCCUGAACUCAAAGGUUCUGUGCUAAAUCAAAUAGGAAGCUUGAUUUGGCUAUCCUUCACCACUCUCUUCUCCUUGCACGGAGAUAAGCUGCAUAGCAAUUUGUCUAGGAUGACAACGGUGGUCUGGCUAUUUAUGGCACUAAUCAUCACGCAGACAUACACGGCUAACUUUGCCAGCAUGCUCACUGUCCAGCAGCUUGAACCUACUGUAACAGAUGUGGAUGCGCUGCUGCGAACCAACGCCAUGGUUGGUCAUGGUAGGGGAUCCUUUGUUUCAGCCUAUUUAAGGGAAGUCUUGGGCUUCCACCCCAACAAUAUUAUGCAGUGUAACUCCUCAGAAGAAUAUGCCUUAGCCCUCAGAAGUAAAGUAAUUGCUGCUGCCUUUCUUGAAGCCCCUUUGGCAAAAAUAUUCCUUGGAAAAUACUGCAAAGCCUUUAUGGCAGUUGGACCGACUUACAAAGUUGGAGGAUUUGGAUUUGUAUUUCCAAAAGGAUCUCUGUUGCUUCCUAGUGUAACAGAAGCAAUGCUAAAGGUAACCGAAAGUGGUGAACUUCGGAUUUUAGAGAACAGCAUGCUGGCGUCUCUAAAGUGCGUGGAUGCAGAAACAGAUGGUGCUGUUGAUAAUCCUAGUCUAAGCCCCAAAAGCUUUUGGGUACUAUUCAUACUCACAGGAGGAACAUCGACAAUUGCUCUUGUGGUUUACAGUUUUCGCAUUUGUAAAUCAAUGCUUGAACACAAAACCAACUGGAAGUUCAUAUUGGAUGUAAUGAAACAAUGGGGAGGUCCAAACAGGAGGUUCUCAAGAAGAGACAGCGAUAUUAAUGAAGAAAGCCAUGCAUAUCCUUCAAAUGCAUCUGCCGUGCAAGCUCAAGUCUAGACAUUGACACCAUUGGCAACAAAAUUAGAUAACCGAAAAUAUUUUCCACUUCUAAUAGGAUUGCAUUCAAGUUUGCAUAUAAAAGAGUGCAGUUUUAACCAUUAUGUACAAGGGGAAGCGCAUUUGCAGAUGCAAAACCACUGCAUAGAAAACAUAGGAUUGGCCGACUCUCUAAUCCUGUAACACGUUACCGUGUAGC